UGGGCCGCCUCCACAGGCAAACCAAAAAUUCCAAAGAGAUCUAUAGCAUUCAAGAUGGCGGCCAACACGAGCUAUUUCGCCAGACAAUAUGUGAUGGACAAAAAAAGACAAGCAGAGGCUGGCAAACAGAAAUGCCAGAAAUGUCUCCAGAUUGGGCAUUGGACGUAUGAAUGUACAAACAAGCGGAAAUACCUCCAUCGGAUGUCCCGUACUACAGUCAUGAACAAAAAGCGGAAGGCUUUGGCAUCGGCACUGACACAGGGGGGUCAAAAUACAAGCAAUUCAGAUGAAAAUGCUAAGAAAAAGAAAGAUGAAAGUGAAAGCUCUGACUCGGAAGACAGUUCUAGCUCUGAAUCAUCCAGCAGCAGUAGCAGUGAUAGUGAAUCUGAUAGCAGUGAAUCAAGCAGCGAGUCCAGUUCAGAAGACAUCUCAUCAGAAUCAGACACUGAAUCACCCAAAAAGAGACCAUCCAAAAAACAUGACCAGCAUAAAAAGUCCAGUAAAAGACAUAAAUCAAGCAAAAGUAAGAAGAAAAGAAAGUGAGACUGAUAUAGCCAAUAAUCAAGGUUUGGACAUUACUGAGUGAAAAUCAAUGUGAAAACUCUGUGCAUCAAUAUGACAAAGCCUCACAAUGCUAUAGGGAACAGUUAACACAUUCGUAAGAACAUAAAAUUGUUUAAUUAUUUCUUAAUUAUUCUUAUUGUUUUCUAAUUAGUUUUUAUUAUUUUUAGUUGUUGUUCAGUUUUGACAUCUAGGAUGCUGUGCACAGAUAACCACAAAUUUUUUACCUACUUAUUUAGGUAAAUAAAUUUUGUCAAAGUUUUAUUACAGUGAAAACUCUAACAUAGCUUACUCAAAUUCCCUUCUAACUGUUUUAGUUUUGCUUGAGAUCUUGAGUUAACAGGAUUAUAUAUAUACCUAUUUCAAAUAAGGUUGCACUCGGAGAAUCUUUGUGUCGUAACCCGAAGUGCUUCAUGGGUAUCAAAUAAAUAAUAAAAUAUUUGUAAAUGAAAAGAAACACAGUCUUAGAAAGCUUUUGCAGUUUUGUUUAUGUACCUCUUAACGUUCACAUUGCAAUUAGAGACCAGGAGUUAGCCUUGCAGGUGCAACCUUCAUUGAAACAGGUGUAUACUCUUUCUUAAUCAUGACUUUUUUACAUGCUUCCAGUACAACAGUAAAACUGUGAACUCCAAAAAUAUUUAUGGAAUGUUUGUUUCAACUAAUUACACACAAGGUAUUUAUUCAAACAGUCAAAUAGAAUCCAAUCUUACAGUACCAAGUUUCAGUUGUCUAAAUUUUCACUUGUGAUGUAGAGGAUCCCAUUAAAUACAUAUUUUUAAUA